AACCGCGCUACCCUGUGGCAUUAGCAUGAUCAUUCUUGCGAUGCUAUGCUAUUAAAGUUUUCCUGUUACAAUGCGUAAGAAAAAAACUUGUGGAAUUUAUUGGAUGUUUAAUUAAUCCGAGUCACCAUAGUCGUUAAUUUAAAGGACUUAAAUUCUUGGUAGAGAUCGUGGUAGAGAUUUCAACCGAGUGCCCAAGACGCGAGCCGUGACAGCUCGGAUUUUGUGCUUCGUUGUUUCGACUCCUGUGGCAUCCGAAGCACCGCUGCCACAGCAGCGGCGGCCUCGGCAGCGGCGGCCACAGCGAUAGCAGGCGUCCCCGGAGUGAAGGUUGGUCCUGCUGCCCUCGCCGGCCUUAGCACCAUGCCGUUCGAGGAGGAGAUAGUGACGUCGCCCUUGUGCGAGCCCGGCCUCGCGCUCGGGACCAUCAUCGAGGCCAAGGAAGGCUCCACCAGCGGCGAGAGCGAGCACGGAGACUCGCCCGAGCCCCUUGAGCCGCAGAAGACCCCCUCAGUCAAGAAGGCGACCGUGGACAGCCCGCAAGAAUUCCCUCGGGACCGAACGCAGGAGCUGAUCACGGACGAGGGCGCCGGCCACCCCGACGUCGACGGCGGGUGGGCGUGGGUCGUGCUCUUCUCUGUCUUUCUGAUUUUCGUCAUUACCUCAGGGUUGCUGUACACGACGGGCCUUUACUACGUGCAGAUGCUGAGUGAAUACGGGAAGUCUCGCUCCUACACAGCAUGGAUGGGCUCACUCACCAAUGCCUUCUUCAUGCUCGGAGGUCCCAUCAGUUCGUCGUUCAUCCAGCGGUUCGGGUGCCGCUCGUCCCUCAUGCUGGGCUCCGUCCUCAUGAUGGCCGGCUACAUCGCCUCCGCCUUCACCACCUCCCUCGAGAUGCUGUUCUUCACCUACGGCAUCGUGAUAGCGUGCGGGAUGAACUUCUGCUACUCCGGCCAGAUCAUCGCCCUAGCCCAGUACUUCGACAAAAGGCAGUCAAUCGCCACGUCCGGUGCCAUGAUAGGAAUUGGGCUCGGCAUGUUCUUUAUGAGCUCGCUGUCGGAGUACGUGAUCCAGGAGUAUGGCUGGCGCGGGUCUUUCCUCUUCAACGGCGCUCUAAGCCUCCAGAUUAUGGCCCUUGGCGCUCUGGUCUUUCCUCUACGGCUCACGCCCUCACAGGAGUUCCUCAAGGACCUCCAGGAGCAGACGGAAAAAUUCCCUGGGUCCAUUGCCACAGUGAAGGGAAUGACAACUUCCAGAAGCCGAGUGUUUUUCGAAAAAUCUUUGAAUGACAGGUCCUUCUCCAGCCUGCGUCUGUCCGCCGGCGCCAGCUACCUGUCGCACUCCUUGCUGAGCCUGACGGAGCCGCGCCCAGUCGUCCGCGUCACCACCAACCUGGACCCCGGCAUCACCUCCAACCAGCACAGCUUCUGCUCAAGGGGGUCGCACCUGGCCAUCGGCAGCUUGAGAUCCAACGCCCAUAGCUUCUGCAACCGUGAUUCCCAAGCCGAGCUCUCUCACUCUGACCUUCGUUCGAAUCAAUACAGCUUCCCCCAUAAAGAUUCGCAUGUGGAGUUCGGUCUCUUCUCGAGGAAUCAAAGCUUCUGUUCUCGCCGUGAUUCGCAGUAUGAUGGAGAUAUCGAUGCUGCAAGACCUGGCGUCUUUGGAGUCGAGAAGGCAAGGUUCCUGCUGCGGGAGGGCGACUGUGACCUCAGCUGCUGCGUCGAUGAGCUGGAGGAAGGCUGCACAGAUGGCCAACAGAACUGGCGUAAUGAGCGAAGAUCCUUGUGCACACUCCUGGUCAAGAAACUGAAGAUGCGGACACAGAGAGCCAUCAAAUCAUUCUCUGAGAAUUCUUCUGAUCACCCUCUGCUGGACACGCGCGUCUGGCUGAUGGAUUUUUCAGUCCUCUUCUGCAUGCUGGGUACUCUCACUUUGUAUGUCAUUUAUAAGGAUUUCGCCGACUCGGUGGGUCAGAGUGAAUAUUAUUCCAUGGCUCUCUCUGGCAUUGGCAUCGGUGACCUUUGCGGGCGAGUGAGCACCGGCCUCCUCAUGACGCUGAAGCAAGUCGACGCAGUGUUCACGUACGGACUAGUCAUGCUGCUGUGCUCGCUGGUCAUGAUCGGACACUUGUUUAUCAACUCUCCGGCGACGCUCCUCACUCUCACAGCCGCCUUCGGCUGCCUCUACGGGAGCAUGAACGUCCUCAUCGCAGUGGCGCCGUCGAAGGAGUUCGGAAAGGAAAAGCUCGUGAUGGUCUUCGGGUACAUCCUCUUCUUCGGUGGGAUCGGCGCCUUGGUCGGAGCUCCUUUGGCUGGAUUCAUCGUCGAUCUGACGGGCAGCUACACCGGGGUGAUCUGGUUCUCGGUAGCGAACCUGUUAUCGGGCGCCGCGCUCAUGUUUCUGUGUUAUCUCAUCAGCCAAAAGAUGAAGCGAAAGAGGCAGUUACCAGGGGAAGAAGUGUGAGGUACAAAUCCUUAUGUUCUUCCAGGGUCUCAGCUGUGGUAAGCACUGCGAUUGUGAUAUCUCAGACGUAAGAAAUACAACCAGCCCGGAAGUGGUUCAGCUCAGUUAUGUGGAGGUGGUUCUGCCUCAGGAUGCAGCUUGAUUAGCACACCUGUGAUAUAAAUAAAUAA